AGGAGAUAUGCUGAUAGUUUAGUUAGCAUUGAUUUGAACUCGUUGAGUCGAGAACAAAUAACGAAGAAGAAGCGCACGUGGAACAUAGGAUAACUGAAAUGUUGAAGUUAAUUUUCGUUUUGGUGUUUGGAUCAGCAGUAGCAUCAGUACAUUGUCUUACGUCCCGGAUUAUUGGUGGAUCUAAUGCUGGACCGGGAGAGUUCCCAUUCGUGGCGCAAAUACAAGUUAACGGCCAGCAUUGGUGUAACGGGUAUAUAUACAACGAUAAAUGGAUUGUAACAACAGCUGCCUGUGUUAUUGGAUAUCGUCACCAACCCGACGCCUUGACGGUGAUCGUUGGACGAACUGAUCCGAAUAAUCUGGGAACCGAACAAAUUAUUCCAGUUUUUGCCAUUCAAAUUCAUGAGAAUUACGACCAUAGCAGCAGGUCAAAUAAUGUUGCCAUGCUACAGCUUUCGGCGGCCAUAGUAAUAGGAAAUGAUGCCACAACAAUUGCUUCCGGCUACCUUAAUGCAAGUAAGGAGGCUACUGUUGCUGGCUGGACCGAUGGAAGUGCAGGUGAAAUGAAAACUCUCAGAUAUACUAACGUUCCAAUCCGACCAGAGGAUGCAUGUUCUACAGUUUACAAUCAGUUAUGGAAUAAUGCCAGCAUGUUCUGCGCUGGAAAUGCCACAAAUGAUGCGUGUAAUCAAGGAGAUUCAGGUGCACCAUUGUUACAACGGACAACGCCGGAAGGCUUUCAUGUCGUUGGACUAGUUUCGCAUACAAUCGGAUGUGGUGAUCCGCUGUACCCUACCGUGUAUACGCGUUUAUCGUCAUAUUCUACCUGGAUGGAAGACAAAGGAGGAGCUCAGUUCAUCUCAACUACGGAAAUCGAAGAGGAGUUAACUGACUCAGCUACAGAUAUCACAACGACAGGGACUUACUCAACUGCAGAAAUCACAACGGAGGAAAUUGUUCUUACAUCCCCCGUCGCUUACCGGUGCUCUACAGCUAGCGGCCCUAAUCAAUUUCCAUUCAUGGUCUCUGUUUUAAGCAGUAGCACGCUGAGUCAUCUUUGUGCUGGUUUUAUCUACAACGAAAGAUUUAUUGUCACAGCGGCUUCUUGUGUCAUUCGGAAAACAGGAUCGAUGCUUAACGUUACGGUUGGUCAGUACCGAUUUGACAGACCUGACACAGCUGAAAAAAUAUUUCCCGUCAUUGCGGUCACCCUUCAUCCAGGAUACAGGGAAUCAAAUCAAACGAAUAACAUAGCCAUUGUCCAGAUUUCAGGAACUAUCACGUUUGGAGAAGCUGUUAACUUUAUCUACUAUGACUCAGUUAUGAAUAACAAUCCGUGUUCCGUUGCUGGAUGGGCUUCAACUUUAGUUGAUAGCUGCGUACGAUCCUUGAGUCUUUUGUGGGACAAUAGCGAAAUCAUCCAGACAAAUGCGGACUGUUCUCAGUCACUGAUGUCCAGCUUCGAUUCAUCCACCAUGCUUUGCACAAAAAAGGCCGUUGAUAACUGUGAAUUUGAAAGUGGAGCUCCGUUAAUCCAGGGUACUCCGCCGGUUGUCGUUGGAAUCAAGUCUGUGUCUCAGGAAUGUGUCAAAUCCUCGCACGUUGUCUACACUCGCAUUUCCUACUACUUCAACUGGUUGAUCAGCGUGGCCGGAUACCAACCUUUGCCUCCUGCAAGCAGAUUUAAUUCCAGGCAUCCAUAUUUGUAAAGGCACAUAUACGCUGUAUAUC